AUGAACUAUCGACCAGGAGACAUUGAUUCUCGCCGACUUAUCAAGCUCCACAAGGAGUAUAUCUCAGACAUCUCGAGUACAAACUAUCCUGGUGUCUACCCGGAUGAAGACAACAGCUGGGACUUGGUUGAUUUCAAAAAGCAUGUGAAACUCGAAUUCCAAUACGUUGAGGAGGAGAGAAUGAGUUUGACUUGGAUCAUAAUCUCAGAGGUACCCACGGUGGCUAUAGAACGUGUCUAUGUCUACGACAACACGUCUGUGAUCCAAGACGAAGUACUCUCUCAUCGUCUGGGGCUCAUCCCUCUUCGGAUCGACCCGCGCAUGCUAGAAGACGCGCCACAAAACUAUCAAGACGAUUCAACAGACAGAAACACCAUGGUCUUCUCUUUGGACGUCACAUGUGCUGACCGGGACGGCGUACGGCCAGGCACGACAGAUCCAGAAAAAUUGUACAUCAAUUCCAGCGUAUACGCCAAGGACCUUCAAUGGGUCCCUCAAGGCGAACAGGAGACGAUAUUCGCAUCAGAUCCACCACGUGCGGCAAAUCCUAACAUUCUCAUCGCGAAGCUUCGACCAGAGCAAUCGAUUCAUCUUGAGAUGCACGCUGUCAAAUCUAUUGGUCGUGACCACACAAAGUUUAGCCCAGUGGGCACUGCUUUCUACCGCCUGAUGCCACAUAUUCAAUUGCUCAAGCCUGGUGACAGGUACGAUGAAGAGAGCAGAAAAGUGGAUAAACUGGAAAUGGCGGAUCAGGAACAAGCAAAGAGGUUCCAAGAUGCAUUUUCAGAGGGGGUGAUCGAAGUCAAGAAGGAGCGCGGCAAGUAUUACGUACGCGUCAAAGCUCCACGAAGAGACAAUGUUACACGACGGAUACUCGAACUCCGAGAAUUCGAUGGCAUGGUCCGCUUAGGACGCGUGCGCGAUUGGUUCAUCUAUACAAUCGAGUCCACGGGACAGUAUCCCGCAGUCGAUAUCUUCCCCGUAGCGUUGGGAGUAUUCAAGAGCAAGAUACGCACACUGAAAGCGGAGGCGGAGAAGUUGCGGCGAGAAUGGGAGGGUUCUAGAGAAGAGAGAUCACCAGAUCCUGACAAGGAUGUCGAGAUGGAGUAG